AUGGGUCGCGGGAAGUCUGUGGCGCUCAAGGUGCGCAAGGACGACAGCCCCGCCGGUGCUUCGUUAGGUGCUAAGUUGUGCGGGGGCACCAUACCCGAUACUCCACGCUAUACCUUGUCGGAAGAGAAAUCUGACCCUGGCGACGUGCACCCGAAGAAGAAGAAGAAGAAGAUGAGAAGGCACGAAAAGACCAGCCCAAUCCCUUCCCCGGUCGGUGCGGAGGAGGGAUCUUUGGAGGAUGUCUCCACUGCUGCUGCUGUCGCUGCGGGUCCAAAGGCAAGGGCUCAUGUAGCUAUCUCGUCCGCUAGCGCUGUAUGUCCGAGGAAGAGGGACCAAACGGGUGUUGUGGUCACUGCUUCUGAGGGUCCGGAGAGAAAGCGUGUGGCUUUAAAGGAAAAAAAUCCCAACCCUAGCUCAAGCGACGUUCAUUCCAUCGAUCUUCACCGAUCUUUUCCACACAAGUCGGAACCGAAGCGAAAUGCGAGGGGGGGCAAUUUGAAGGACGAUGUCAUUGCAGCUCCGCAAUCCGGUGAGCCCUUGCCCCAUAUUUCUCCCCUAUCGGUCUUCGGGGCUCUUCCAAUUCCUUGGGCUGAUUCAGAUACAAAUUAGCCUCGGCGGUUGAUAAAGGGACAUCCCUGCUGCAGGAGUCCUUCGCCGUUGGUGGCCCAGUCUAUCGGGCUUUGAAAGGGUUGUUGCCGCAAAAGGACUUUCGUGAGCUCGUCGAACUCGUUGAGGAAGAUGCCGCACAAGCGGUUGCAGAUCUGGUUACUAAAAAGAGUUGUCACUCCCGCCUUGUAUAACGUUGAACUUGACUGAAAUAUUUUGCUACAGACUGCUGGUCUCCGGAACUUCUCGAUUCAUUCCGCGGUUCCGAGCUUAGAUUUCUCGAUCUGUCAAGCCCGUCAUCGCCUCCUUCAGAAAUACCCAUUCCAAACAAGCCUCCUGCCCUCAUACUUGGGAGUCUCUACCAGCAGGAUCAAUUUGCCGCCCUUACCACACUUUCCCUGAGAAAUACACAACUUUCAAAUAAUGAUUUGGGUUUGCUCGUGUUACUCACAUCUCUGGUAGAUCUUGAUAUUUCGAAUACGGGGUUAGGGGUACAUUCGCUCCACCACAUCGUCUGCCACCAUAAAACCUUGGCUCAAUUGAAUUUGUCCCACAACCAGGGCAUGGAUGAUGAUUGCCGAGUACCGCUCGCUGCGUUGCCCAAACUCGCUAGAAUCUAUCUCAGGGGGACAAACAUUUCGAUGCCCGGGUUGCGGCGACUGGUCACCGGAGCGCUUCCGGGUAACUGUCGGUUGCUCUCACUUCCGAACCACUGCAUUACCUAUCUCAAUAACCGUGAAUCACAUUAUUCCAUGGACAUACCGGAUCCAUAUGCUCACGACCCGAGGAAGCUGGAGAACAUGAACCUACCGGAAUUAAAGAGAAACCUCGAGCUGCAUGCAAGAGCGAAUAGCGAGAUACUCCUAACCGGCUCAAAAAGCGAACUUUUCUACCGGUUAAACAACAUUCUGCAGAGCAGGAUAGCCGAUGCGAAAAUCAUUAAGGUGUUGGGUAGGGAAGAACGACAAGUUUGAAGCAGAGCAAAAGGAAUUC